AACGACGACAAGACACCAUGGCUGACGUUACCGACCCCGCCGUUGCGGCCGAGCUCAAGAAGAAGAGAACCUUCCGCACCUUCUCGUACCGCGGGGUUGAGCUUGACAAGCUCCUGGACUUGAGCAAUGAGGAGCUCGUCGACCUCGUCCACGCUCGCGCGCGCAGGCGGUUCCAGCGCGGUCUGAAGCGCCGCCCCAUGGGUCUCAUCAAGAAGCUUCGCAAGGCGAAGAAGGAGGCGCCCCCCAAUGAGAAGCCUGCUGUCGUCAAGACUCACUUGCGCGACAUGAUCGUCGUCCCGGAGAUGAUUGGCAGUGUCAUUGGCAUCUACAACGGCAAGGUCUUUAACUCUGUCGAGAUCAAGCCUGAGAUGGUCGGUCACUACCUCGCCGAGUUCUCCAUCUCGUACCGCCCCGUCAAGCACGGUCGUCCCGGUAUCGGUGCCACGCACUCUUCCCGUUUCAUCCCUCUCAAGUAGAGGACUCUGGAGAGUGCUCGGUUUUUCUACCCGCUUUUCAUCCCAUGUACGACAUACAAAAACUCCCCGUAUGCACCUAUGGCACUGUAUGCAUCACUUGACGACCUGCUCAUGAGACUGCCUGCUGGGUCCAUCGGGAUCAUGAACGCCCCAAUUGCGUCUGAA